GGCGGAUGAUGGCUCCAAUCGUAUCGGAUGAUGUACCUGCUUUAUUUUUCACCAGCGAAAUGGAUAAUACCUCUGAUUAGUUAUUUGUGUACAUUUGUUUUAAACGCUGUCAUCUGAAACUAUGAUGUAGACAGCAUGAUAUUACUGUCUCUGUAGACACUGAUCGCGUGCCUGCUGGAGGAAUGCACACAUGCAUGUGGUUAUCAGAUAUCGGUUCCUUAUGAGACCUUAAACAAGCGCUUCCGAGCUGCUCAGAAGAACAUUGACAGGGAGACCAGUCACGUGACAAUGGUGGUGGCAGAGCUGGAGAAAACCCUCAGUAGCUUUCCAGUUGUGGAUACUGUGGUCUCUCUCCUGGAUGGGGUGGUUGAGAAGCUCAGCGCCCUCAAGAGAAAAGCAGCUGAGUCUAUCCAAGCAGAGGAUGAGAGCGCUAAGCUAUGUAAGCGACGUAUAGAGCACCUAAAGGAGCAUAGCAGUGACCAGCCAGCCAGUGUCAACGUCUGGAAGAAGAAGCGAAUGGACCGCAUGAUGGUGGAACACUUGCUACGCUGUGGUUAUUACAACACUGCAGUGAAACUAGCCAGACAAAGUGGUAUUGAGGAUUUGGUCAACAUAGAAAUGUUUCUAACUGCGAAAGAAGUUGAGGAAUCACUUGAACGACAGGAAACAGCUACCUGUCUCACUUGGUGCCAUGAUAACAAGUCUCGCCUUCGAAAAAUGAAAAGCUGUUUGGAGUUCAGUUUAAGGAUCCAGGAAUUUAUUGAACUCAUUCGACAAAACAAACGCAUGGAUGCAGUAAGACAUGCACGCAAACACUUCAGCCAAGCUGAAGGAGGGCAGUUGGACGAGGUACAGCAGGUCAUGGGUAUGCUGGCUUUUCCCUCUGACACACACAUCUCACCAUAUAAGGAUCUUUUGGAUCCAGCUCGCUGGAAAUUGCUGAUCCAGCAAUUCAGAUUUGACAACUACAGAUUACACCAGCUGGGGAACAACUCUGUAUUUACCAUUACCCUGCAGGCAGGGCUGUCUGCCAUCAAAACCCCGCAGUGUUACAAAGAGGACGGUACUUCCAAAAACCCAGACUGCCCUGUCUGCAGCAAAUCGCUGAACAAACUGGCUCAACCUCUUCCCAUGGCCCACUGUGCAAACUCGCGGCUGGUGUGCAAAAUCUCUGGAGAAGUCAUGAAUGAGAACAACCCACCCAUGAUGCUGCCUAAUGGCUAUGUUUAUGGUUACAAUUCUCUCUUGUCCAUUCGUCAAGAUGACAAGGUGGUAUGCCCCAGGACCAAAGAGGUUUUCAACUUUUCCCAGGCUGAGAAGGUUUAUAUUAUGUGAUGGGAGCUCCACAUACAUUCUGGAAUGUAAAGUUGAGGUGCCAUCAUAGGCUGGAUGAAUCAAGCUUACACCAUUUGUCCAAGGGCUUCAAUCCUCAUGCCCUUGUUUCAUGCGAACAAAUCCUAUCGACAAAAUGCCCUCACCAUCAACUGGUCUACGAGACCUUCACUAAAUGGAUGAUCCAGAAUAGAGCUGCCCUGCGCUAAAACAGACUGUUAGGACAAGCAAAUCUUUUUGUUUAUUUGUUUUUAAUUUUGGCAUUUAUUUAACUGGAUUCUUUACAGGAUGUGUAAAACAAAUGAAACAUGGCUCCUUAUCUCCAAAUGCUUCUGCCUUUUAGUGUGUUAACAAACUGAAUAAAUAAUUUGUUUUUUGAACAAGGGCACCCAUUUAGGUCAUUAUUUUUAGAUAUGUUGUGUUUGGGCUGCCGUGCUUUUUGCACCUGUGAAAUCUGUAACCACAUUCAUUUGUUAAUGUGAUACUAAUCUGUUUUUGACAGACUUCCUCACAUACUGAGGUAACAUGUUAAUAAAUGUUGUAGCAUUCAUAGCAAUACUGCUCUUUAUCACAACUCUAGAUGUACGGAACAGAAAGACAUGACUUUGUUCUUUGGUGUCAGGCUGUUAUUAAAGAUUUACACUUAGUUUACACUUUCCAGUGCAUAUCAUCAUCAUCCAUGUUUAAAAUAAAAAACAUUUUCAGAUGACCAAAACUGUAUUAUAUAAUGUUGUUAAUUUCAUCAUGCUGCAUUUUGUGCUGUUUUGUGACUACAGGCUCAAUAGUAAAUUAGCAGUUUUUGGUGUUUGAAGUUAAGUGUAGAUUCAAAUCUUACAUCUAGAUUUGUAUUCUGCCAUUAAUACAGCCUAGAUACACUCAUUUUAUGACGUGAAUAUCUGUUUAGUGUGGGUUGUCUUCUGCUACAAAUCAGUUAUAUAUAUUUUAGAGAUGCAAACUUGUAUUGAGCACAAUUUUCAGAGUUGUAAAAUCUUGUUGUUUCAAAAAUGUGCCCUAUGCACAUUUUCCUGAACACGAAAGUCUCAGGUUUCACAGGACCAACAGCAGGUUACCAUUGAGGGGGAUGUACACAAGGCUUUGGUCUUUUAGUUUCAACUAGAAGUAGGCCUACAUCAAUAUGAUCCAUCUUGUUGGAAAUGACUCCCCAAAUAUGUGUUUAAUUGUAAUUGCUAAUGCAUGCAUAUUUAGGUAGGGUAGAUGGGUUGCUUGUGUUCAAUUGCCAAUAAAGAUUGAUUUGAUUAUGGAUUGUCAUUGCCUUCAAUAA